AUGACAAGAAGGGCACCAAAUACUUUACCCAGCAAUAUUGAGUUAAAUCCUAGGGAGCAUGUUCUAGCGAUCACAACUCGAACUGGGAUACAACUACCUGAAAGACACAUUGAGAGGUCGGGUGUAAACAAUGAGACAGCACCCUCUACAGAAAAAGAGAUUGAACAGCAAGACGAGCAGACAAGUGAAUCCACACUAAAGGAGAGUUCAAAGACAUCAUGGGAUAAGAGGUUGAGGAAGCACAAGAAGGAGCAGCAAUAUAAGAAAUUUCUUGAAAUCUUCGAAAAGCUCUACAUCAACAUCCCAUUCGCCGAUGCACUACUCCAGAUGCCCAGCUAUGCCAAGUUCCUAAAGGACAUCUUAACAAAUAAAUGUAAGCUAGAGGAACAUGAAAUGGUGAUAUUAAUCGAAGAGUGCAGCGCCAGGAUCCAGAAAAAGCUCCCACCGAAAUUGAAAGAUACAGGGAGUUUCACUGUCCAUUGCAGAAUUGGUGAUUUUUAUUUUAAUUCAGCAUUGUGUGAUCUAGGUGCGAGUAUUAACUUGAUGCCACUCUCUGUUUUCAGAAAACUAGGAUUGGGAGAGCUUAAGGCAACCACAGUAACUCUACAGCCGGCUGAUAGAUCACCUACACAUCCACGAGGAAUUAUUGAAGAUGUAUUGGUCAAAGUGGAUAAACUCAUAUUCUCAGCAGACUUCUUGAUUUUGGAUAUGGAAGAAGACAAUGACGCGUCUAUCAUAUUGAGACGACCAUUUUUGGCUACUACAAGAGCCCUCAUAAAUGUGCAGCAAGGACAAUUAAUUUUGAGGCUGGGGGAGGAAAAAGUCUCUUUUAAUGGUUUCAAGGUAAUGAAAUACCCCAACGAGCCUGAAAGAUGUUUCCAUAUUGAAGUGGUUGACAGAGGAAUCCCCUAUAAUUUUGAAUUGAAGAAAUAG